GUAACGGUAACACACAUUUGUGAAACCAAACAUGCCGCCGCCGCCGCCGCGACUAGGACGCAAGCAAGCGUCCGUGUUCUCGCGCGAUGAGAUUGGCGUCGAGCAACUACACUCUCUCAAGGAGAAGUUUGCCGGUGGCGACUUGACCGAGGUCGAAUUUGUGCGGCUGUUCAGAGAAACCAUCGACUCGACGUUGAGUGAGACCCAACUCACAGACUUGUUCCAAAAGAUCGAUGCCAACUCGGAUGGGACCGUCAGCUGGGAUGAAUUCACCAACUACAUGUUUCUGAGCGGCAGCGACAGCGCCAACUCGAAUUUGGGCGACGAUAUGAGUUGCCGAUACAUCACGACUCAAUCAGACAAGGUGGUGGAUGUGGCGGACGCGGGGGGUGGUGGAGGGGGCGACGGGUCGGCUGUGCGUCCGGCCAACAACCACAAGGACAUCAUCACGCGCAUCGUGGCCCUGGACAAGCCCCACUUGUACGUGACUGCGAGUCGUGACGGCAGCGUGCGGACGUGGAGCUCCAACACCCUGGCGUACCAAUCCACCAUUGCCACAGGGCGCAACUGGAUCACAGACUGCUCGUAUAUGAAGCGGUCGAAUCGGUUAGCGGUGUCCAGCAUGAACCGGACGCUGGCCUUCUAUGACAUGUCCACGGGCCAGUCGCUGGGCGAGUUGUCGGAGUACUCGCGGAAGCAGUGCAUUCCGCUGUGCUUGGAAUACGUUGAAAAGCCCAGCGACGAAAAGGAGGCGCUGGUUGUCGGCGACGACACGGGCGGGAUCACUGUCAUGACGACGUCGAGUCAAUGGACCAAUUGCGACGGCCGCCCGGGGGCCCACCCGCUCGAAACCCACGGGUUUUCCACGCGCGCCAAGUACAAAAAGCACACGGAUUGGAUCACGCGCGUCAAGUGGGUGCACGACAUGCGCGCCAUUGUCGCGACGUCGCUGGACACGAAUAUUUCGAUCAUCGACGUGGAGCGGAUGGUGGCCAAGUUUGAGUACUCCAAGCACAAAAAAGGCGUGUUCGACCUCGUGUGGUCGUCCAGCUCGCGACUCAUCGCUAGUUGCGGCAUGGAGCGAGACAUUUCGAUCUGGAACCCGUAUUCGUCGCAGCGCGCUGUGGCUACAUUGAGGGGCCAUGCGGCGUCGGUGCUGCAUCUGGCUUGCGACGACGACAACUUUCAGAUCGUGUCUGUCUCGUCCGACAACGUCUUCAAGGUGUGGGACAUUCGCAACCACCGGUGUUUGCAAACGUAUACCGAUCGAUACAAGAGCACGGGUGGCGCCGACAACCGCAUCUCGUCGCUCCUGUUUGACCCAAAGGCACCCGGACUCAUCAGCGCCACGACCCAUUUGGCCAGGUGGCCUCUCAAGAUGAUCUCGUCCGAAGAAGCUGAACUCAUCACGAAGAAGGCGCCGUGUAUUUCUUGCUACAACUCAGUGUUCAACCAAGUGCUCACGGCGGAAAUGAGCGAAGAAGGCGUCGUGAAGACGUGGAGUGCCGAAACAGGCGAAGAAGUGUGCAGCUUCAACAACGCCCACGGCACCAGUCCCAUCACUGCCAUGUCGUUUGACUGCGCAGGUCGCCGCCUCAUCACUGGCAGUCACGACGGCGCACAAGUCAAGAUGUGGAACUUCAGCAACGGCGCGCUGGUGAAGCAAUUUCUCAAGCAAGAAAACGACGUGGUCGAAAGCCGAGUCUCUCCGUUUUCGGUACCGCCACCAAGGCCGCCGCGCGUGCGGGACAUUGUAGUCAUGCCCGAGUCGUUCGACGCAGAGAAGCUCGUCGCGGACGGAUCAUCGAACCCGUCCCUGCCCAGCCCCACCCGCACCACGCUCAGGACAUGCGACAGCGUGACGGCGCAUCCCCCCAGAACCUCCCAGAGGACGUCGUCUCACCAUCAACGGUACCAGCAGGGCGAAGUGACGUGCAUUUUGGAUAUUGAGCGCAACGUGCGCGUGGGCAUGGGCGAGUACAUUUGCCAGCGGUUUGUGUGCUCGGUGGGGUGGGAUCGGAAGAUUUACAUUUGGCUCGACUCGAACGACGACAACGACGAGCCGCUGCCGAUGUGGGUCAUCGCCGCCUCCGACACGGCCAAGGGUCACACGGAUGACAUCUUGAGCGUCGUGUACAUCCCGCCGGCGACGCUGGCCACAUCUGGCUUGGACGGCAAGAUUUUGCUGUGGAAUUUGAAUUCAGGCGAGUUCAUGUCCCAGCUGCACCAAAGCGGUGGCGCCAUCGAGUGCAUGAUGUACUGCAACAAGUUGGAGCUGCUCAUGGCUGCAGGGGACGAAGGCAAACUCGUCACGCUCGAUCGAGUGUCUUCCUACAAAACCGAGAUUCCGCUCGAGCACCCGCCUGGGGAAUCGGUGGUCGUCAUGGCGUGCGAUCGGUGCGGGGAUAACGUCGUCACAGGCGACUCGGCGGGGUACAUUCGUACGUGGGGGCUGAGUGUGACGUUGAAGGAUAAGGGCAUGUACUUUGAACACGGCUGCCAGUGGCGCAUAGGCGGCGGUCGCAUCCUCAGCCUCAACUUUAUCGAGAACACGAGGCAGAUCGACAUGUUUGUGUUGGUGUCGAGUGGGAAUGGCGAAGUGAGUCUGUGGACGCUAGACAGUGUGCAGGUGGGUGUGUUCGGCCGACACAAGUACUGGCACCUAGGCAAACCAGCCACGUACAGCGCGUCGACGCCGCAAGCCAACGCGCAUGCGGGAAAGCACCACAAGCACUUCAUCCCCAGUCGGUCGAUUGCAGCAGCCCUGAGCCACACGCAGCACAUGGAGUCCCAGCUCACGGAGGACACGAUGCCCAAGCCAGGCGAGGUGUGGAUCUGCAGGUCUACGCACCACCACAACCACCGCAACUCGGUGGACUUGCUGUCACAAGUGGCCGCCGCCGCCACUGUGGGCAAGAUCGUCACGACGUCCUUCCUCGGAGGCACAGGGGACGAAGCCAACUUGCUGACCCGGAAGGCAUCGAUGAGCAUGGCGCGAGACGCCACGUCCGACAUCGCUGACGUCAUCACCGUAAUCAAAGUGUCCAAGGGUGAGAUCCUUGCGUGGGACGGGUUCGCCCAGCAGAUCAAGCAAAAGACGCUCAAGCUGGACGAGUUUGUGCGCGACAACAUGUGGGCUAGAGACUCGCACUUUUCGCAGUGCAUCGGGCGGUGCUUCAUGAGCACCCACGAGAACACCCCGUACAAGUGCCUGUACGUGGCCAUCAAGUCUGUGCACAUGAGGAACACCCACGAAGGAGCGUUUGCGUUUGUGGACACGGAAGGCAGUCGCCACAGGACGCAGAUGCUAGAUUCAGCCGUCACGACCAACUCCAAGCUCAAAAAUCUGGCACGAACUCUCAUUUCGGCAUCGAACCGGUUGGGACAGUUGGCGCACAAGACGAGCAAUUAUACGGCCAUGUACGAUGGAACAUGCAGAGUUACGGAAAGCGAUGAUACAUGAUGCUCAACAUAAAGAAACGAUAGGCGAACCAUGACUGCAAAGAUGCACUUGGACAAGAACAUUGCCGAGGGGGCGGCGGAGGGUGGACAUGACGGGAUGCUGCCACCCGCGACCAACAAGACGACUGCGGCGUCCUCGGCGAGCAAAGAAGGAACGGGGCUGGUCAAACCGGACUUUGUCUGCUCAACGCUUCCCCUGCUCCGCCCAAAGGACAAGCAUGUCAUGGGUGGCAACCCUCCCAAGCGAUCCAACAUGCGGUCAAAACUCGACCCGAAUGCCGACUUUCGACGUGUGCAUGAUCCGCAAACAAUCCCCAAGACGACGAAGGAAGUUCUGGAGCAGCGGCAUCGGCAUCGGCCGUUUGAUGCCGUCGGGCUGCAGUAGUUAGUUGCUUGGUAGCUAGCUACACAGUACGUUACUGUAUCACGUCUUUUUAAAUCUUGCCCUGAGAAGACGUUUAAACGUAUACGUUUUAAUACGAAGCAGUUUGACCUGAA